UACCACCGACUGGUCGCUCGCUCCUUGUCUCGCUCCGCUCUUUGCGCCGGACCUGCGUGCCACGCCUCAUGGCGCUCCCAGCAGCCGAGUACGCCCAGCUCGCGCUCCCCUCGCUCAGCACCGCCUACGCGCUCGAGGCCAGCGGCAGCGAUGUCCUCGUCGGCGCCGGGCACACGCGCCGCCUCGUCGCCGGCGUCGCGCUGGCGGCGGUGAAGCAUGUCCUCUUCGCAAAGGGCCUCAUCGCAGAGCCCAUCGCGCUCAUGGAGCGCCAGCGCAGGCUCGAGGCCGCGCGUGUCUCCAUGCCCGGCGCCCGCCGGCGGCCGCAGGGCGCGAGGGAGCGCAAGCGUGACAAGCUCCUGGCCGCCACGCACGAUCUCUCGCGGGCGCUCUCGGAUGCGCUCGAGGCGCUGGCCGCGCUGCCCGGCUCCUCCACCUCGGCACCGCUGCCGCUCGUGCUGGUAUUUGGGCCCUCGGUGCUGCUGCCGCGCUCGCUCUUCGUGCUCGACGUGCGGCACGCAGCUGCCGCAUCAGCUCCCGAGGAGAGUGAUGACGCAGACGAGGCGCUUCUGCAUGAGCGCGAGCGGCGGAGGAAGAAGGACGAGGGAGUUCUCGAGCGAAGGCUUGUCCGCUUCCUCGUCGAGGCGGGCGAUGAGGAUGCGGAUCGGCCGGUGAUGGGGAUAGGAGAGCCGCUCGCUCCGACGAAGACGCACAUCCUGCUGCUAGCGCCAGCUUCCUUCGUCUGUCCCGGCUGGACGCCGCGGCGCAAUGUCAAGCUCGACUGGCGGGCAUUCGAGUCCGCCACGCCGCCGAGCGGAGACGACCCGAUGGCGAGCGACGCUGAGCUCAGUGACGCCUCGAGCGGCGAUGCGCGGUCCAACAGUCGCUCCUCAAACACCGUCUUCUCCGAUGUGCCCUCGACGCCGCGCUCGUCUGACACGGGCAACGUGUACAUUGACGCCGACGAGUCAAUAGAGGACUGCCAGGUCGCACCAGCGACUUCGCCUCCUGCCGAAUGCACUGCUUUGGCCUCCCCGCCAAGCGCACCGCCGCCAGCGCUGCCGCCCAUGACGCCCUUUGCGUCCGCGCGCCAUCUCCUUCCCUCUCGCAGCGCCUCAGAGUCGACCGACGCAGACGACGUCGAGCUGCAUCGUCUCAGCGAGGCGCUCAGUCCGCUCAAGCGGCGCCCGCCGCCCGCUACGCCGCACUCGUCGCGCCGCCCGGGCUUCUUCCGCAUCGCCAGCGCCAGCAGCAGCACGCCCUUCACGCCGCGCGCCCCUGCGCACGCGGCGCUCUUCGGCAGCGUCGUCAAGGAGCGCCGCGUCGUGUCGCUGGGCGACGUGCGUCUGUCCGCAGACGAAGAGAUGCACGAUGCGGGCAAGGACGAGCGCAUGGCGACUGCAUCGCCGCCAGCGGUCCUCGAGGCACCAGCUCACGCCGCACCGAUACCCAUGCGCGCCUCGCGCAUUCUGCCGCGAACGCUGGCCGCGGACAGCCUGCUGGCACGCAGCCGCAUGUGCAACCAGAAGAGCGGCGCCGGAGCUACACGUGCGUUGCGCAGCGGGCGGCGCGCUCCAGCCGGCGGAGGCAUUACGCUCGACUGUGGCUUGGGCGCCGAUGCGGAUGCAGACAUGCGGCACGGCAGCGAGGAGAUGCUCUGGUUCAGCUGCGCCGUCGUGCUGCCGAGCGUCUGAGUGCGUGUACUCGCGGACUGCUGUGAUCUGUCUGCAAUCAUUACAUUGGCGCCCGCACGUGCUCUACUC